AUGGACCCAGCGGAUCGCGUUCUUCAAGAGCUUCAGCGUGAGGUUGCCCAGGUUGAGCCCCUGCGGCAUCAGGCCCACGUUCGUGCUUCUGCCCGCCUGCAGCCCCGCCUUGUGCGUCCUGCUCCAGCCAUUGAAUCCUUGACGGAGCGGGUGUUGCAUAACCAGAGCUGUUUUCAGUUUCUUGUUGUGGCGUUGCAGAGAACCUUCCCUCACGUUCAGUGGCAGUCCCUCCACGAGGUCCUUCGCAAGGCUCGUCUCGAACCAGGGGUCAAGCAGUCAUUGGACAGGGAAGCAGUUGUGCGGCGAUGGUUGUGUGUGUUGUUGCAUGAUACCAGUGCAUCUUCAAUGGGCCAGAUGCUUGCGGGGAGUGCGUGUGAUGGUGCCGAGCUUGUGUCUGAGACGUUUGAGGGCAAGGCAACAAGUACUCUUCUGAAAAGAGUCCGCUGCAUCGGGAAAUACGUGCAUUGGGCGUCGGACAAUGGGUGCGAUGCUUUCCCCUUCUCAAUUGAGAAGAUCCGGAGUUACCUCAAGGAUGCUAUUUCGGGUAACAAGAAGAGUGCCAUCCGGGAUUUUGCAAGCUCCUUGAAUUUUUGUCGCUUUGUGUUGGGGUUUCAGGUGAGUGAUGAUGUGACUUCACACCCGUGGUUCAAAGGGACGAUGAGAUUUGCCAACAUCCGGCUCCGGGAUGCCCACCGAUCACGGACCUUGACUGUGAAGGAGGUGAAGCAUCUUGAAGAGGCCUUGAUCGGGGGCCGUUUGGACCGUUUUGAUCGAUAUGCGCUCGGAGUUAUGUUGUUUCAGCUGUAUGCUCGAGCCCGAGUGUCUGAUUUGCGUAAUCUGUUCAAGGUUUACCUGGACAUAACCGGGGCAGAAGGGUAUAUCGAAGCACAUACGUACGAGCACAAAAGCCGUCGCAUCACCAGUGGACCCAGUGCUGUCCUCAUUCUGGUGGCUCCGAUCCAGGGGCUCGCCUCCCAGCCUUGGGGGCUUGCUUUUGUUCAGGCUGCCAAAGAUGUUGGGUUUGACUUUGAGAAAGGUUUCAGAGGCCCGAUGUUGCCCCGUUUUGCCAGCGAUUACACUUGGUCAGGGGAUGCGGUGGAUGCUGCUGAAACCACAAGGUGGCUGAAUGGCAUCCUCAAGGCGCUGAUGGGCGAAGUCCUUGAUGGCCUAACGAGCCAUGGCCUGAAAGCCACAACACUUUCGUGGGUGACAAAGGCAAAUUACGGGGACCGUACCAUCCUCGUGCUUGGCCAUCACUCACUGGGGGCUAGGGGCAAAACUUCCGAAGCAUAUGGUCGCGAUGUGCAGGCGGGACCGCUGAGAGACUUGUGUGCAUGCUUGAAAUCGAUCAGAGUGGGGGUCUUCCUUCCAGACUUGACCCGCAGUGGCAUGAUCAGGGAGCACGCUGAGUCGCCUGAUGAGUUCCCAAGUGGUUUUGCUUCUCGCCCCUCUUUCCAGCCGGCCUUUGCACCGUCCUUCAGUGUUGCUGGCCAUGCAAAUGACACGGCGCCCGACGAGGCAGCACCUUCUGAAGGGGGGGCUUCAGCGUUAAGUUUGGAUCGAGCUCCCGGUUUCCAGGAAGGUGAGACUGAGGUUGCCAGGGAGGCCGAGGAAGAUGCAGUCUUCGGUGGCGUGAGCCCAGAUCGUGUAUGUGAGUCAGGUUCCUUGGAGUCUUCUAGCGACAGUGAAUCCUCGGGCUCAUCCAACGAGCCGGUUGAUUAUGAUGGCUUCCUCCGAGGCUUCGAGGUGCAGGCCCCGCGUGCAACCAUAGGGGUGGACCUGGAUCUCUUCCAGAACCCUAAGACCAAAUCAAUCCACGCAAGGGCCCGAGGUGCGACACCCGACAGCAAGAUGCUUUGCGGUCGGCCGGCAAAAGGUUUUGUUCCCUUCUCUGGAAGAGUGCACAGCAAGCAUUGGAAGUGCAAGCAGUGUACGAUGGCUAAGCCCAUCCGAGACACUGGCUCGCUUUUGCAUCACCUGGACAGGCGCCUCGAGAGGAUUGUAGCUCGUGGUUCGAUCACGGCUGCAGAGUUUGUAGUGGGGUUGCCAGAUGAUGCAUUGCAACGGCUGCUUGACCAGGGCGUCGACACUCUGGCCAAACUGGCGUUUGCCCCUGGUCAUCCCGGGGAGUCCCCCAGUGACGAGAAACUCAAGGCCUUAGUUGCUCCAGUAGCUGCCCCCGGGGGUGCAGGUGGUGCCGAGCCCUCUCUUGGUACCGUCGCCGCGGUACGCAGGUUAGUCUUCGAAGCACAAACUUUGGUCGUCAAUGAGACCAAGUGCCUAGUUGAGAAUAAAGAAGAGCAGCCAAAAGAAUUGCCUCCAGCCGAACGGCGUGAUCGCCUGCAGAAACAAGCUGCUCGCCUUGCAGGUGUUGACUUGUCUGGUGUCAACGAGUGCUCGCAUGCAAGCUAUGACCUUUGCCUGAAGCUGAUUUCUGACAACUGUGUCUCGUAUCUUCAGCCUUCGAAGUUUACCUGCCGGCAGGCGGAACUGCGUAUGGAUAAGCCCCGCAAGGAACUUGAUGUCGCGGCCCCGGGCUCGUCCUCUUCCGUGCUCCUUAUCAAGGACCGCGCUGCAGAGCAGCAUUGCGACGUGACGCAUGCCCUUGAUCUAUUCCAGGCCCUGCAUCGUCGCGCGUUGGCCAUGGACCUUGUUGGCCUUAGCACGUAUGCUCGCGUGCAAGGGUGGAACUCUUUUCUUAUGAACCACCUGCAGCAGCCUGUCCUGGCGGGAUACCGCAGCCCCACUGUUCAGCAACUCCUUCACGCUGAUAGAGCUGCCUGGGUCCGUUUGUCCGAGUUAACCCCAGCCGGGGUGCGUCGCAAGGCUACCGGUGAAUUGCCGUUGGAUAGCCUCUGGGCUGAUUUGCAGAAGGACCCGCGCGUAGUCUUUCACCUUUUGCCGCUUCCUGACUCUUCGGGCAAGCAUCCUGCGCCCGCCCCGCCGGGCGUUCCUGCUGCUGUGCCUGCUGGCUUGUUGCCGGUGGAGGUGUUGCCUGCCCGGCCUGAUGUUCCCCUUUCAGAAAGUGCAGCUCACCCUGGCGGUAGCAAGCAGCUGACUGUUUUCCAUGCUCUUGAAGUGUUUGCGGGCAGCGCUCGUCUUACUGUGGCCCUUCGUGCCGUGGGCUUGCAAGAUUCCUGUGGCGUCGAUCAUCGGAUCCCCAGGCAUUGCCCUUGUCCCAUGGUCAAACUUGACCUCACUCGCGAUUUUGAUGUACAGCUUUUGCAUGAUAUGAUCGACAACCCUUUUUGUCUUUAUGUGCAUUUUGCACCACCGUGUGGCACGAGCUCCCGUGCUCGCCUGAUCCAAGAGACCGAUCACGAUCCCGAACCGUGUCGGGAUGAUACCUUUCCUGAUGGCCUACCCGGGCUUCCUGAUCGUUUGGCUCAACGUGUGGCUGCGGCCAACCGCCUCUAUGGCGUAACCGCUGCAGCCCUGAAACGGGCGGUUCUUGCUGGCAAGCUUGUCAGCUGCGAGAAUCCCCUGAAUUCUUUCAUGUGGCAGACCACUGCGUGGCGUCAGGGCACCUCCGGUUUGUCCUUGCGGGAAACUGUGUUUGACCAUUGUUGCUACGGGGGCAGCCGCCCCAAGCAUACGUUGUGGGUGCACAACGUGCCAGCCUUCGACCAACUCAGCCUGACAUGCCCUGGCGAGUCCGCCUCCCAUAAGCAUUUGCCUUGGGGUCGUGUGUCUAAGUUCCGCUAUGCUACUAGUGAGGAGACCGCUUACCCGCUUGGGUUGUGCAAGGCGGUCGCCGCACUCCUGCUUGAGGAGCUCUGCCAGCGUGGGUUCCAGCUGCCUGCUCGUUCCCUGUCAGAUGAGGUUCGGCAGCAACAUAGAGCGGCCCAGGUCAGUCUCGGCUCCCAGCCCCGUGGCAAGAAGGUUGCUCCUAUGGUCGCUGAGUUCCGUGAUGUGGUCGUUGUGACAUCUGACCAUGACUUCUUGCCUGCUUCAGCCAAGCUGCCCGUGGCCGUGCCUGUUCCGCCCUCAGCCUCGUGUGACCCGCCUUUGCCAGAGCUGCCCAUGGGUUCUCGUAUAUUGCGUCGUGUUGCACUUGGGGGUGGAGAGACGCCGCGUUCUGGACCUUCAUCCCAGCCAAGCAGUAGGAAUCAGGGAAACCCGAACUGCCCCGUCGAGCAGUUCGCCUCUGUGUGCCUUCAACAGAAAACUAUCUUGGCUGAUGAUGUAACUCAGCUGUUUCAGCUCUUGAAGUCGGAUCGCUUGGCCAGAGGUGCUGGCCUGGAUGAUGAGUUUUCGUGGUCCACAGGGGCCUAUGCACAGGAUCCGAACGUGCCUGACUUGAUGGGCUGUGAGCUGAAGUUCGAGUCCAACAGGACACCAAGCCUCCUCACCGGCAGGGCCCGAGGAGUUCCACCUGAGCUGCAGCAAACGAUUGACUUCUUGGCGUCGGAGGGCAUGCACACCGUUGGAGAUGAUGUGGUGGAUGCUGAAACUUACCGAGUCACCCUGGACGAGGUGGAGCGGGGGUGGCUGGACGGGCCGCUGAAAGAGAGCGACUUGGGGGCCAGCUCUUUGUUGACCAGGCGCUUUGGCGUUGUGCAGAAUAACAAAACACGGCCCAUCGAUAACUACCUUGAAAGUGGUUUGAAUGCCACAUCUUCAUCGUACGACACAAUCACCGUGCACACCGCCGACUGCAUAGCAUCAGGUUUGGCCCGUCGACUGAGGGCCGAUGCAAAGUGCAGGUUGCACCAACUUCUCUUGAAGUCCUGGGACCUUCACAAGGCCUACAAAAACCUUCCACUAUCCCUGGAGGCGCUAGAGGACAGUUUCUUGUGCGUCUACGACCCAAAAGGGAAAUGUCCCCGAAUUUUCCGACAAAAGGUUCUUCCGUUUGGAUCACGGCACAGUGUGCACGCAUUUUGCCGGGUGUCACUAGGGAUAUGGAAAGUCCUUGUAGUGCUGUUCUCAUGCCACAUCAACGUUUAUUUUGACGACUUUGUGGGUGUGGAGCUGGCUCCUCUGGCCCGCCUCUUCGACAUUGGUGUUUGCCUAGUAUUCCGUUUGUUGGGGUGGGAUGUCGCCGAAGACAAAGAAUCUGUGUUCGACUCCUGUGCAAAAGUGUUGGGGUUGAAGUUCGACUUGUCUGAGUCCCGUCUCGGACGUAUCACUCUGUGUAACACGGAGUCGAGGCGAGACGAGAUCUUCGAGGCCUUGUCCGACAUCCUUUCGUCUGGUUACCUCACGCAAAAGGAUGGCGAGCGCAUCAGGGGCCGACUCCAGUUUGCUGAAAACCAGAUAGCUGGAAAGGUUGCUGGAACAGCCUACAAACAACUGUCGCGGUUUGUGCAACGAGGGGGAGGAUACCUGGAUGAGUGCACCAGGGUAGCCCUACUAAGGUUGCGCGAUCGAGUCAACUUCUCACCGCCCAGGGUGAUCUGCGCCAACAUCUUGACUACCAUGCAUCUUUAUGUCGAUGCCUCUUGUGAGGGUGAUAACGUAGGCUUGGGUGGUGUUCUUGUUAAUGAAGUGGGUUCGAAGAUGGGCUUUUUCAGUGACCGCGCGUCUGAGCAUGUGAGACGUCGCAUGAAUCCUGAGAGCGGCAACCCCAUUUUCGAGUACGAAUGCUUAGCCAUCCUUGUCGGACUCAGGUUGUGGGCUCCGCUCAUUCGCAGUACCAACCUCGUUGUGUUUACUGACAACGAGGGUGCCCUGGCCUGUAUGGUUGCCGGAAUUUCAAGCAACAAGUAUGGAGAAGCGAUUGCUCAGCAUGUUCAUGUGCUGUGUGACGAGCUUGGGCUUAACAUCUGGUUUGAACGCGUGAACACCUGCUCAAACGUGGCAGAUGCCCCCUCACGCGGCUCUAAAGAUCCGGAGCUGGGCAAAGAAUUCACGAUCGAUCUUGAUACACUCGUUGAUCACGCCUUUGAGUCUUGGGGGUUGUGA